GAAAAAGUGGCUACUAGGGAUCCAGAAGAUGUCGUGAUCCACCGCAUCUUCAUCUUCAGAACGAUUGUUCGGAUAGAUUGCAGAAGAAUUGAUUUCAAUAAAGUAUGCUGCCUGGCUGUAGUUUUUACUUCCAGUUAAGAUCUAAAAAGUACUUGGUUGUUAUUUUGAUUUCCUUUGAGUUGAAUCCGUAAUUAAUAUCCAAAAAAGAGCAACUUACGCAUCAUCAAUGGCCACCGACGACAAGUAUGACCGGCAGAAGCGGUUGUGGGGCGCCAGCGGGCAGGAGCAGCUCGCGAAAGCGAAUGUUCUUGUUCUCGGGUCCUCCGUCCUCCUCUGUGAGGUGUAUCCUGUGCAAAAGUAUCUGAUACUCGUAUCGCAAUCAUGCGUCACAAAUCCUUGAUCUUAAGGUAAGUCAGCAUUACAAGUUUUAUCCCUCAUGCUGAGAAAAUUUGUAAUGCAUCUAUGCGAGUGCGAUACUAUACUUUUGCGAUUCAUAAGGUGGCGAAGAAUCUGAUUCUCCCAGGUGUGGGGAAAGUUUUGAUACUGGACGAUGCAGUGGUCACCGAAACGGACUACCGCACGAACUUCUUCGUUUCCAGGAAAAAUGCUAUUUGCAGUGGAGGUGGUGGUGUCGGAGGAGGUGCUGCUGGGGGUCGAAAUCAGGAAGGAAAUUCAAAUUUAUCUGCGCCAGGAAUGAUUAUAAAUCGUGGCCAGCAUGCGACGACGACAAGAACUACACUGAGAAAUAAGAGCCCAAGCCGUGCGGAAGUCGUGGCGCAGAGCCUGCAGAUUUUGAAUCCUGAUUGCGAGGUUGUCGGGAAGCAUUUUGAUAUUAUAUCGACAGGAAAGAUCCCCCCUCCCCAUAUCAAAACGGAACUUCUGAUGCUGGAUUGGUGUACACGAAUCAGCAACGUAUUGCAGAGAGGCAUUGCGGCCAGAUCCCCAGGCUAGAUAGGGGCGCAUGGGCCUAGUUGUUCAGCAUGACAAACGGCUGACCUUUAGGCCCAACAGCAUGACAAAUCGCUUCCAUAAUGGGGCGGAAGCUUCUGCCCUUGUCUUCUUGCAAGACAGAUGCGAUUUGUGACCUCAAAUCAGCAACGCAAAUUUUCGGAAACAUACCUUUUCGAUAUAGGGAGGGGGGAUUUUUCCUCUCAAUAUAUUACCGAAAGAACAGUUGCUGGGAAGAACGAUGAUGGCUACAACUCUUCAAUUUCGGAUGACAGCAGCACGAUGCACCACUUCGAUCUGGUGAUCCUCGACGAGGGUAAAAAUUCCAAAUUGCUGAGCAAGCUGCUGUCUUCACCAACUUCGACUUGUGUCAAACUGCGAAACGCCAUCGCAAACACGAAGGUCGUGAUUCGAUGCGUGUCGAGAGGUUUCGUGGGCGGCUGCUUUCUGUGCGCAACUCCAGGAAGGAGAAGUGCUGGAAAAGAUUCUUUCUCUUCUACUAGUACUAGUACCUCUUCUUCGACAUCGAUUACAUCAUCAUUUUCAUCGGACCACAUCGUGCUGGACGCGAAGCCGGAGGGACAGCAGCUGCUGAAACACCAGCUGCGGCUGGUGGUGCCGACGGUAUUGACUUCUCGUGGCGGGUGUACCAAUACAACCACCACAGUAGAGCAGGUAGGAAAACAAGAAAUUUCAUCGCUGCAGCCACCAAUCGCGGAGUUCAUUCGGAAAGAAUACAAAAAUACUAGCGCAAGCUGCACCAGCGGUGCUGUAGGCGGGGUACAAGUACAGACGAGUCAGCCAUCUGCCAAUCAAUCCUCAUCCACUACUUUCGAUCCGGAACCACGGAAGCUGGCCAGCACUUCACCCAAAUCAACAGGUGCAAGCAACCCAAAGAAAAGCUCAAGGACGACGUUGUUGAGUGAGACUUCUACUCCAGCGCAACAUCAAAAACUGCCGCUUUUCGCUACAGAAGCCGGUGGAAGCAGCAGUGGUGCUAGUGCAGCUACGACGACAACGCCCGCCUCAGCGCAGGCGCAGUCGCAAAUCACAUCAGAUGUUGAGAGGAGUUUCUUUAUCAACCUUCUCCCCAGUAUAUGACAGUGCACAACUCCCCCUCCCCCUCGUUUGUCAUGCAAAACCCCAAAUCCAGGCUCUGCCUCGUGGCACUGUUUACACGUUGACAAGUUCUGGUAGCCCGGACAGAACUCCACUCCAGUGUAAAUUUGUCAUGCAAAGCCGGCAUUUUUGCUGAUGCUUGUAAUACAAGCAUCAGCAAAAGCCUUUGUAAUACAUAUACAAGCCUUGUAUUGCCGUUUAUGCUAUACAAACGAGAGGGAGGGGUAGUUGUGCACUGUCAUACAGUAUUCAAGAUUCCAACAUCCAUGCACACGUUCCCUUCCCCGUGAUUCUUUACUGCGCAAAAAAGAAAUACGAGAGUCUGGGGAACAAACAGCUGAAAACGAGAGAAGAGAAGGAUUCCUUCAAGGAGGUGAUCAAGUCUUUCCGGAAUUCGGUAGACGAGCUGAAUUUUCAGGAAGCCCUGGACUACAGCUACUUGAUGCACGAUCUGGUAUGUAAUAUUACAUUCCAAUUUGAUUGUAUCGUACGCCAUGUAGAAGUAGAAGUCAUGAUGUGAAAUGUUCUUCAGUUCUUUGAUCAUGGCGAUCAUAACCGCCAGGUACUUAGUACUUUUUUGGUUAAAGUUUGAGUACUUCAUCACAGCCCGUGCCAGCUUUCGUUUCGUGUUCGAUGACUGUAAGUAAAGCACGCUUGAAAAACCACCACCACGACCGCGAAAUCAUAUGUUCAGACCACUUUCCAAAAACUUUCUUUCUCUAGCCCGGCGGAGCAGCUUCCAGAACCGCUUCCACAGUCCCAGACGACACACGAGACGCGCUCGAGAGCCUGAGCGCCGGCGACCCAAGUUUGUCUCGUCUGCCGCUGAAAGCCAAGGCGAUUUUGAGUUUUUGCGAGGAGUUUCGUUGCUUGCCCCUAUCCGGCCAACUGCCGGACAUGACCACUUCGACGGAAAGUUACGUGAAGCUCCAGGAGUUUUUUCGGGAGAAAGCAAAUGAGGAUUUUCAGUAUGUGAGAAAAAAGUAUGAAGAGAUGAUGAUGAACGACGCGGCGAGAGGCUCUUCCUCUUCUGCGGACGAGGACUUGAAAGAGCUCGAGACGCUGUGUAAAAAUGCGUUCUCGCUGCGGAAAAUACCACUGAUACCACUGGACAGGGACACUUUCGAGAUGAUGUCCUCUCCUGAUCGAAGUACUUCGCCGCAAACGAAGACACCGUAUCUACCCGCAGUAUGCAUCGGAAAUUGAUUAUAUGUCUGGGGCUGGAGCAGGUGGAGGCUUGUAAUUUUAAUGUUUGUCUGACAUGAUCAUGAACAUGAUCAUGCCCGCCGUACAGGGUGUGUUGCAUGUGCAUGUAGACGCGAAAGGGUAUUUCAUCCUGUCUGCAUUGCAAAAGUGCGACGCCUCGUGCGGAAUACGCAACACGGACGAGCACCCCAAAUAAAAGUUCCGUCUUUACUUGACUGGCUAUUGAAGUGUACUAUAGGGUUUUAGGAUUUAGGAUGACAACUCUCCAGCCCCCGAUAUAUUUAUUGCAGUUGAUACGCAGACUCCUGGGACGAAUUUUGCAUGCUCGAGGAGGAUGAGGAGGAGCUGCAGAAAUCGCUGCUGCCGUGGUUCGUCGGACUACAAAUUGUGCUGGAGAGGGAGAAAAAGUUGAUGGCUGAUGGGAACAAGGAUCUUCUUGAUACUGCUUCUCUGCAUCACAACGAAAAUACAUCAACCACCAGCAGGACGGCAGGCAGAGGCACAUCACCAGUUUAUAAUAAUUCCAGCAUCAGCGAGACGGAGCUUCUACAGCUGUUUCAGAGAAACAUGGAGAUUUCGAAUACGACGGACGAUAGAGUGCCUGCAUCAAAUGGCGCAGGAGCCGUGGCCAUGGAGGUCGACUCUGUACUGUCUGAUCAUCCGCAGGGUGGUCGUGUAGAAGACCAACAUAUUGCUGAAGGACAAGACGAGGAGCAGAACUCUGGUCCUCUUUCCCCUCCGCCGCCCAAAGUUCUCGCGCACUUGAAGAAGGUGAUAGACGAAAUUUCCCGGUGCCAGGGAGAGCUGCACACGACGUCCUCGUUGGUCGGCGGGAUCGUGGCGCAGGAGGCUGUGAAGCUGAUCACGCAAACGCACGUCCCGAUGAGCAACGCGAUGGUGUAUUGUGGACAUCUCAGCAAAUGCGAAGUGCUGCAAUUGUGAAAAUAAGGUUCAUCUUUUUGUGGUCCUCGCAGCUCCACCUCGUAGAGGAGAAGGAAAUGAAGGAAAUUUAUAUCCUCUUUGGGAAAUACUUUUGACAAAACCAAAAGAAAGUGGAGGUUCAUGCGCAUGAAUGAAUUUUGUGAGGGAAGCAAAGGCAAAAGGACUUAAGUAGCCAAGUAGAAAAGGGCCUG